UAUUUAAAAUAAUAAAUUAUUAGUUAAAGAAAAAAGACUUAAGAUCUUUGCUUAUGUAAAAUUUAAUUUAAAAAGAGUAAAGGUUCAUACUUAACGCAUGUGCAAAGUAAUUGCAGUAAUUAAAAUAGUCAACAUGUCCGCCUUCAUUAAAGUAUACAUUAGUGUUUAAAGCCGUAUUCUGUAAAGUCGAACCUCGUGUGUUCGAAUCUUAUCUACAGUAAAUUUAAUUUUAUAUUUUUUUAAAUUUAUAACAAACUAAUUAUUGAAUACUAAUAGAUUAUUUUUAUUAAUUAAUUGUAAAUAAACUGAGGUAAAUUUAUAAGUAUGUAAGAUGGUGUAAUACACUUUGAAAGUUACAAUUAUGAUAUUGUUUUAAACAUAACCUAUAUUUUGAAAUAAAUGAAUGAAAGUUACAGAUAAAAAAAACUAAAAUGUCUGAUGAAAUAAAAAAUUCAAAUGAACCUGAAGAAAAUUCACCGAAUAAAAAUAAAAAUGACGGUACAGCAACGGGAAAACGUGUGUUCAUAUUAACAUCUGAAAUGGUAAAACAAUUGGGACUUGAUGAGAAAAUAAAAAUAUUCAAAGACAAAAUAAAAGUAGAUAAUAGUAUUAUGCCGGUGUCAGCAGUGCAAGUUGAUAAAGAAAAAAAAGAAUUAAUAAUCCGCGAUUCACAAAAUGUACAAGUCGAUUCAAAUUUAAAAACUAAUCUAUCGACAACAAAUGGAGAAGCUUCAAAUACCAAGGAAGUGGCUGAAGAAAAAUCAGAAACAUUAUCAUUGAAUUCGGAAAAUGAAAAACAAACGGAAGCAGAAAAUAAAAGCGUAAGUAAAAAAUCUGUUCCGAUAAUUGCUCAUCAUGUUGAGACACUCGCGAAGCCUUUAAUCCUUCGGAGAAGUCCUACUAAAAAUGGUAUCGUUGUAAUGAAAUCUCCAGUUGUUGGGAAUGAUCAAAGUAUUUCGCUGCCAAAUAAAUUUAAAAUUAUUGGAGAUCUUAAAGCAGUUGCUGCUAAACCAUCGGCAGUAAGAAAACCUACAGGAUUAGUUCCCAGGAAAUUAGUAAAACAUCCAAAUGCGGGUACUGCUGCUGCAAAGAGAGCAAAAGUUAAUGCUGGUGCAGCAAAACAGCCUGACAAUAGUGAGGACGAUGUAAUUUUUGUUGAUGCGAUAAAAAAUAAAUCACUUGGUAGCAAAGAAAAAUCUCAGCGAGGAUUCAAAAGACCUGUUUUGACUUACAGUAGACGGAAACAAAAUGAAACCAGAGCAUCGAAUGUAAAUUCAAAGCAAACGUUUCCAUCAAAAGUAAUAAAGUUGUCUACAAUAAAUUCAAAUGCGUCGCGUGAUGAUGUUAUCAAUAGUCAAGAUUUAUGUCAAUCUACUGAAGAGUUGAACGAAAUUUUACAGACAGUUCAAGUUGAAAUUGAAGAAGUUACUGGGGAUAAAUCAACAUCUGAUAAGGAAUUGGAUUCGUCAAAUAAGACGGAGUCCGCAAAAAGUAAACGUAAAAAAAAGGAAAAAAAACCUAAAAAAAAAACUAGUCAGAAAGUUAUUAAAAUUCUUGAUGAUUCUGAUUUAAUGAUGCCGAGAAAACGCGGUCGGCCACGAAAAUAUUUUUUAAAAACGAUACCGACUCCGAUGCUUUUACCCAUAAAAUCUGAAUUUGAUGAUGAACCGGAAAUAAAUUAUUUGAAUAAAAGAUCGGAUAAUUCAAAUUCAAAUAAAGAAUUAGAAAAUUCAAAUUUGAAUAACGAAUUAGAAAGUUCUAAUUUUAAUGAAGAAGCAGAAACUUCUCAUUCAAAUCAAAACUCAGAAGUUCAAAACUUAAAUAAAGAAUUAGAAAGUUCUAAUUUGAAUGCAGAAGUAGAAACUUCUGAUUUAAAUGCAGGAUUGGAAGUUUGUAAUUUAAAUAAAAAUUUGAAUAAAGAAUUAGAAAGUUCUAAUUUGAAUGAAGUAGAAUCUUGUCAUUUAAAUAAAGAAUUGGAAGUUUGUAAUUUGAAUCAAAACUCAGAAUCUCAAAAUUUGAAUAAAGAAUUGGAAAAUUCUAAUUUGCAUAAAGAAAUAGAAUCUUGUCAGUUCAAUAAAGAAUCGGAAGUCUGUAAUUUGAAUCAAAACUCAGAAAUUCAAAAUUUGAAUAAAGAUUUGGAAACUUAUAAUUUAAACGAAGUAGAAAUUUUAAAUUUGAAUAAAGAAUCAGCUUCUAAUGAUAGUAAAGUUGCUGCGAGUGUGGAAAAUUUUGAAAGUGUUUACAUUAAAGAUUGCAAAAAAACAGAAGAAAAUUAUGAAGAAGCAACAAAUUAUAAUGAAGAAGUGGAAACUCCUGUUGAUAUUCCUGUUGUUCCUAGACGUCGCGGGCGGCCGAGGAAAUCAACGACUAGUUCGCCAGCUGUGAGUAAAAAGAAGACAGUUUCAAAUGACGACCAAAACUCGAAUAAUAAGAAGACAGUACCAAAUGACGACCAUGAUUCGAAUAAAAGGAAGAGAGUAUCAAAUGACGACCAGGGUUCCAAUAAAAGAACGAGAUUAUCAAAUGACCAUGAUGAAGAAAAAAAUAAUAAUGAUGACGAUGACGAAGAUGACGAUUAUGAAGAAAAUGACAAUUCAGCAAAACCUAGAAAACGUAAAAGUAGAAGAGGUAAGAAAACCGGGUGGUAUAUUGAGCCGGAUAAUGAUAAUGAAGCAACGAAAACUAGUAAGAAAGGAAAAGUGAACAAAGAUGAAGAAAUCCAAUGCGCUAAAUGUGACGAAAAAAUGUUGAGAUCAAAAUGGUCUGUUCACAAUUUAUCAAAGCACAAUAAUACCGGAUGGUUACAGGGUUCCCGCGAUCCCGAUUAUGAGAAUAAUGAAAAAUUAUGGAGAAGUGUACUGACAAUUGCUAUCAAGAAGAAAAAGGGAUCACUGAUUUGUGAAAAAUGUGAAGCAACAAAACGCAGUGUCAUUGGUUUUAUUUCUCACUAUAAAUUUUGUGGUAAAUCACAAGAGGAACGAGACGCAAUGAUGUGGGUCUGUCCACUAUGCAAAGGCAUAUUUAUGCCGUCAUCCCAAGACUUUCAUGAACGUGUGCAUCGCGAAGAGCAACGUCUAGCAUCAAUGGUCAUUGACGUACCCGAUGAGGAUGACAGUAAAAAGAGACGUCGAGCCGCUGAAAAAGCGACGACUAAAAUUUUAGAGUUUACUAAAAUCGUUAAAGAUGAGCCGCUACCGCCGAAAAAAAGUAAGAAAGUAAAAUUAAAAAUAACAGAUUAUAUUGUAAAGCCACCGACUUCUAAACGAGUACCGAAUGUCUGGAAAGGCGCUUGGUCUAAAGACAUAGCAGCUAAUAGACAAGCCAAGUGUCGUAAUCUCGGUUGUGAAUUCGCUACCAAUGACAUAAAUGAAAUAUGUAAACACUACAGUCUGUGUAAUUUUAUACCUCAAACAGAAUUUGUCUGUAAAAUUUGUAAAUUUUUUUCAAAAUCUCAAGACGAUGUUGCCAAUCAUGUGAGAUCAGAACAUUCGGACAAAAUAAACUCUGGGGAAGACUCGGAUUUUAAUAUCAAUGAACUCAGCGAUGGAAGUAACGACAGUGAUAAUAAUGAAGACGUCGGUGCUGGCGAGGAAGGUGAUAAUAAUAAACGCAGUAAUAAAAACAGACGUAAAUUAAAACAGUUUGACAAACAAAUAACUUCUAAUACGCGAGCUAAAUUUUUGAGAAAAAAUGAAUCUUAUCCAAUUACUGCAGCAAAUAUAACUUACGUUCCAUCGCUUAAAUGGACAAUGACAUUUGAGUUACGUAACUAUGAAUUAAAAUUAUUUGAAAAUUUACUACCCAAUUCAUUUAAUUUAUUAAAAAAUUCCCAAGCUCAAGAUUAUCUUCCGGAAUUAAAAUUAUCUAUGCGGACAAAACAGAUGAAAAAUGUCUCUCAGGAUUUUGAAUUCGUCAGGAUAAAAAUAAUAAAAGAGGAAAAUUUAACGGAGGAAGAAAAAAGAGAUAAGGGAUGGAAAAGUUGGAAACAAUUUGAGUCGUCGAUUGUCAAUAACGUGCCGAUGUUUUUUGUUGGUGGUCCAGUUUGGUCAAUGGCAUGGUUACCAAUCCCUGCGCCCAUGUUUUCCCAUCAAGCCGACCAAUAUCUCGCAGUCAGUACUCACCCGACCAUGGAAAGUAAAUACAAAAUAAAUAAUUCUUAUAAAUUUAAAAACAUUAUACAGAUAUGGAACUUGGGACAUCUAGAUCAUAUUCUAUCAGUUCCUCCGAUUCCGAAGCUUUCUUACGUAAUUGCUCAUAACAAUGGUACGAUUUGGUGUAUGGAGUGGUGUCCAUCCGGAGCUUAUCAUCACAACAUACUAAAAAAUGAUGAUCUAUUUGAAGGAUCAUUGAAAAGAAUGGGACUUCUCGCCACCGCAUCAUCAGAUGGCAGAGUUCAUAUUUAUUCUCUUCCAUUUCCCGAGGAACUAAAGUUUGAAAAAACUGACGACAAUGAUUUGCCAGUAUAUCAAACAGACCCAGUAAUUAUUUUACAUGUUAAUAAAAUAAUUGCUGAGGACAACAAAGAUAAUUGGCAAUGCACGAGUUUAAGUUGGAAUAAAUUACACGGCCAUGAUACAGUAGCAGCUGGAUUUUCAAAUGGGUACGUUGCUAUUUGGGAUCUACUGAGUAAAUCGUCAUUACUGGUGAUGAAAAAUGAAAAUACCAUUAGUAUAAAUGCUUUUCAACAUUUUUACGGCCAUGGACAUGCGGUGACUUAUGUCGGAAUUGUUCCAGUAAGUGGGAAAAACUAUUUAGCAACAUCUAGCUUGGAUAGAUGUUCAAAAGUCUGGGAUUUAGAAGAUCCCCACUGUCCUAUUGAUAAUGUCAAGAAAGGCGCUGGUACCAAUGGCGCUUGGAUGACACAUUGGCCGAAUAUUUACACUUCUUAUGAUGAUGCUCUUGGUCUAGGUCAUACUGUUUCGUAUUUGAUGGGAGUUAGAGACCCUCCUUCAUCGAUAUUUCCAUUGUUGCCUUGUAAUUCAACGACUUAUGGAUUGGCGGUGUCUGACUACGCAAAUGGUAUCUGUCAUGGUACAGUAGCUGGAGACAUAGCUGCCAUUUUUCCAUUUCAAAUGCUGUAUAUUAAAGAAAUAGAUAAACUUACUAAAAAACGAUGGCUGGUUUCCAGUGUUGAAGUUGUUGAUUUUGGUGAGCCGACAGAUACUGAAAAUAGUUCGGAUCAAAAUUUAAAAGACAGUAAUGAGCAAUCAAAUGGUUAUCAAUAUAUGCCUGAAAGCUAUGACGCUUGUAAAGAUAGAUUUGGAAUUGUUUUUCAUGAUGAUUUAAAUAAUUGGAAAAGUAAUUUAUUUAAAAAAUCUAACAGACGUAAUCCGGUGAACUGCGAAACCAUGAAGUCUAUUCCUAUUGAACAAUAUCAAUUUACAUCAGUUAAUAGGCUCGCUUGGAAUCCGAAUUCUUGGAGUUAUUUGUGGAUUGCAGCUGGUUAUCAAAAUGGAUUAAUAAGAAUUCUUAAUUUAAAAUCCAUGUCUGUUGACAAUGCUGUGAUGAAACAUUUACCAGGUCAUGCUGAUUCAAUGAUGCAUAAAUAUGAUAACGAUGAAAGCACGAGUGUAACGUGACAAAUUGUACAUUAUUAAUUACGUUUAAUUUUAGUGACUAAAAAAAUAAUUUUUGUUUAAUUGUUUUUUUAUAAACGUUAGUCUUAAAGCAUAAUAUAUUUUGACACAGUUCUCUGAGAGCUGUUACCAUAAGAAUAAAAAUUUUUAAAUUUAUAUAGCUGUACAUUUCUUACAGCCAACUAAGUUUUGUAUUUAAUUGUUUCAAAUUUUAUUAUUUAUUUUUUAAUAAACAAAUUAUUGAAAUUUUUUUUUUUUUAUUAUAGAA